AACAACUGGUUCUCACUCUCAUCACAGCGUGAUUUGAUCAUGGCUCUUCGCCGCUUCAACGCAGGUGGUAAGAAGCAGAAGGAGCUCACGGAUGAGCAAAAACAGGAGAUCAAAGAGGCCUUUGAUUUGUUUGACACUGAUGGCAGUGGUGAGAUUGACUCCAAGGAAUUGAAGGUCGCAAUGCGCGCCUUGGGUUUCGAACCAAAGAAGGAGGAGAUUCAGAAGAUGAUCUCCGAUGUGGAUGAUGAUGGCUCUGGCACCAUUGGCUACGAGGAGUUCUUGAAGAUGAUGACCCAUAAGAUCUUGAACCGCGACCCUAAGGAUGAGAUCUUGAAGGCCUUUCGCCUCUUUGAUGAUGACGAGACCGGGAAGAUUUCCUUCAAAAACCUGAAGCGAGUCGCGAAGGAAUUGGGCGAGCGUAUGACCGAUGAGGAGCUGCAAGAGAUGAUCGAUGAAGCCGACCGGGACGGCGACGGUGAGGUGAAUGAGGAAGAAUUCCUGCGCAUCAUGAAGAAGACGCCACCUGAUUCAAUACGCGAUUUGUGGGGUGAAAUGGCGAUGCGAUUCCGUGCCGGCGACGUGCUGCGAAAGUCCUUUAGUGGAAAGAAGCAGAAGGAGCUCACGGAUGAGCAAAAGCAGGAGAUCAAAGAGGCCUUCGACCUCUUCGACACCGACGGCAGUGGUGAGAUCGAUUCGAAGGAGUUGAAGGUGGCCAUGCGAGCCUUGGGCUUCGAACCGAAGAAGGAGGAAAUCCAGAAGAUGAUCUCCGACGUGGAUGAGUUCUUGAAGAUGAUGACCCAUAAGAUCUUGAACCGCGAUCCUAAGGAUGAGAUCCUUAAGGCUUUCCGCCUCUUUGAUGAUGAUGAGACUGGGAAGAUUUCCUUCAAGAACCUGAAGCGUGUCGCCAAGGAGUUGGGAGAGAGGAUGACGGAUGAGGAGCUGCAAGAGAUGAUCGAUGAAGCCGACCGCGACGGCGACGGCGAGGUGAACGAGGCCAUCUGUCGGAGCCUUUUUCGGGAUGUCACCGGGUCUGUCGGAACUUGUUCUGAGUUCCUUUCGACGCCGGCGGAAUUCAUCGUUCACCGGGGCAGAUCCGAAGUGAUUUGUCGCGGCGCAGUUCACACAGAUGCAGACAACACGGGCUGGGAGAAACGCAUCGACAAACAUUUGCCACUUGUUGCUGAGGAUUACAACAAGCCGCCCUUUUCCUUGCCUUUCCCUGCAGUGGAUCUCCAGCGCAUCAGCGAGGAUGCCUACUUCGUUCUCUACGAGAUUGCCCCGGAAGGCAACACGGCGUCCCCUGCACGAGUGGAACGCUUAAGUGUCCCAUCACUGCCCUCACUCGACAGCUACACCUUGGUGUCGGAAGGUGAAUUGGUGGAGGCCUUCAACCCGCCGAGCCGAGUGGAAGAGGCCGCCCAAGCGGCUGCUGAUGAACUGGGACCUCUGCCCGCGAAGGAACGAACGAUGCUCACCACGCCAGUGACAGAGCUUCCGGACAAGGACAGCUCCGUGGAGGAAGACGUGAAGGCCCAGGCUGAAAGGAAACCCAUCAAGGGCAUCCCAGCUGUUGAGUUCCGAGCAAGAUGUGAUUUGAUCUUUGACAAGUACGACAAGGACAAAGACGAGAUUCUUUGCUUUGAGGAGCUCUGUAGCCUGAUGGAGGCCGGUGGCCGUCGUAUCGAGGAGUACGACGCCUAUGCCUCGCUCUGUCAGAGGUUGGGCUGCGAUGCGCGCCUUGGUCUCAGUCGGAAGGAUGUCUACAAACUCUUUGAGAAAGCUCCACAAGCGGUUUGGGAAGAGGUGUAUAGAUCCAUCAACCCCUUGGCGCAGAUGGUGAAGAAAGGUGCUGAGAGGCUACCCGAGACCUUCCUCGAGCGGCCCAUCACGGAGUUCCUCUUUGAGGAUGAGGAGCAGUUUGCCAAAGUUCAUGUCGAGUUGAAUGCUCACCUGUACUAUGGAGCCGCUGAGGUGAUCACAGGGGACCAUGUCCAGGCCUACUUUGGCAAGCAGAGGUUGGAGCUGCACAUUGUGGCGCCUGGCUCCUAUGGAGCCAAGGACUUGUACCUGUGGAAGAUGGUCAUCACACCCUUGAGCGGUGAGAUUGUCCCGGAGGACAGCCUGUUGGAGUUGAAAGCCACCACUGGACGUUUCGGCAGUCAGAAGUUGACCUUGAAGUUGAUGAAGUCCAAAAAGAAGCGUUGGUACAAGGGCCCCAGCAUCACCCGAACUCUUCAGUGGGACAAGCUGCCACUGGCCAAAGGAUUUGACCCGUUGGGCAAACCGCCACAAGCAGAGCUUGGCAAUGCUUGGCAAUGCUUGGCAUAUUCCUCACAAAGGAAUCAGCAGCUGAGAAAGGGCAAGACCAUCGAGCAAAUUUACCAGAAGAAGACGCAGCUGGAGCACAUCCUUUUGCGACCUGACACCUAUGUGGGUUCCACGGAACACCAGCUGCAAGAGAUGUGGGUCUUUGAUGAGGCCAAGGGACAGAUGGUGCACCGGAAGAUCGACUAUGUCCCGGCGUUGUACAAAAUCUUCGAUGAAAUCCUGGUGAACGCCGCAGACAACUCCAAGCGAGACACCAAGAACAUGGAUCUCAUUGAUGUGACCAUCGACCGGCAAACGAACUCCAUCACCGUCUUGAACAAUGGUCAGGGCAUCCCUGUGCAAAUCCACAAGGAACACAAGUGCUAUGUGCCUGAGCUGAUCUUUGGUCACUUGCUGACCAGCGACAACUAUGAUGACAAUGAAAAGAAGGUCACGGGAGGUCGCAAUGGGUACGGGGCCAAGUUGACCAACGUUUUCAGUAAGAAGUUCAUCAUCGAAACCGUGGACAAGAACAACAAGAAAAAGUUCACACAGGUCUUUCAGAAGAACAUGACGCAGAAGGAUGAUCCGGUGGUCACUGCUUGCAAUGCGCCAAAGGAAUAUACCAAAGUGACCUUCUUUCCCGACUUCUCCCGUUUCGGGAUGACUGGUCUGGACAAUGACAUUUGCAGCUUGAUGAUGAAGCGCGUCUACGACAUCGCCGCAUCCACCUCGAACCGGAUCAAGGUGGUGCUGAAUGGGAAGCAACUUCCCAUCAAGUGGCCAAAUGAUCUACGAGAAAUGCAGCAAUCGUUGGGAAGUGGCCUUCAGCCUUUCGGAGCCGAUCUGGGAGCCGUGGAAGUCACCGAAACCUGCUGGGAUUCGGAAUCCGAGAAGUUGGAGAUGGCGAUUGACGUCCAACGAUCGGAAUUUGUUGAUUUGGAUGAACAAACAGAUGGCAACUUCAACCAGGUGAGCUUUGUCAACUCCAUCAACACCAUCAAGGGAGGGACACAUGUAGCACAUGUUUCUGACCAAGUGGUCGAAGCGAUUCUCAAGGUUGUGAAAGGAAAGAACCGCGGCGGCAUCGACAUCAAGCCUGCGCAUGUACGAAACCACCUCUGGGUCUUCAUCAAUUGCUUGAUUGAGAAUCCUGCUUUCGACUCCCAGACCAAAGAGACGCUUACCACCAAGCAAAGCAAGUUUGGAUCAACCUGCGAAUUGCCGGACAAAGUCAUCAAGCAGGUGAUGAAAAGUGGCAUCGUCGAGACGAUCUUGGAUUGGGUGAAGGCAAAGCAAAAGGUGGACAUGUCCAAACAGCUGCGGGCCAGCAAAAACCAGGGCCGCGUCAAUGGCAUUCCCAAGCUGGAUGAUGCCAACGAUGCGGGUGGUCGACACUCGCAGGCAAAGUCGUUAGCCGUUGCGGGCGUCAGCGUGAUUGGACGAGACAAGUAUGGUGUCUUCCCGUUGAAGGGAAAGGUCCUGAACGUCCGGGAUGCGAACUUUAAGCAGGUCACUGGAAACGCAGAGAUCUCUAACCUGCUGCAGAUCAUGGGCCUAGACCUGAAACGCCAAUACGACAGUGCUCAAGGUCUGCGCUAUGGAUCCAUUAUGUUGAUGACGGAUCAAGAUCACGACGGAUCGCAUAUCAAGGGUUUGCUGAUCAACCUGAUUCACUUUUGGUGGCCAUCUUUGGCCAAGAUGCCUGGGUUCCUGAAGGCCACCGGUGAUCUGUAA